CCCCCCCGUCGUACUUCAGGCUUUUAUGAUGGAAUACAUGUCGUCAUGCGCUAACCGGAAGUGCUGGAUGAAUAGCUGAAUUGACACAGCAGUGAAGUCUCCGACCAUCAGGUCUCCGUGUGUGCUGAUAUAGAGGACAGUCAUGUCCUCAGACCUGCUGGUGGAUCUGCAUGACGAGCUGGGAGGAGACGAUUCUCCCAGUGCGGCUCUGGACCAGCUCAAACUGGUGCCAGAAAAGCAAUGGCCGCAGGAUGACCCCGUCAGCGUCAGCAAGUCUACUACAGACAUUAAGAGUCUCAGUGAAGGCUCUCACCUGGCAUGGGACGAUCCCUUUUAUGAUAUCGCAAGGCAUCAAAUAGUGGAAGUAGCAGGUGACGAUAACUUUGGCCGCAAAGUGAUAGUGUUCAGCGCGUGCCGCAUGCCCCCGCAACAUCAGCUGAACCACCACAUGUUACUGAUGUACCUGAAGCAGACACUGGAUAAGUACGUGGAGAGCGAUUACACACUGAUCUACUUCCACCAUGGCAUGACCAGUGAGAACAAGUUGUCCCUCGGCUGGCUGCGAGACGCCUACCGCGAGUUCGAAAGAAAGUAUAAGAAGAACAUAAAGGCAUUUUACAUUGUCCAUCCCACCCUGUUUAUCAGAACCGUCCUCAUCUUCUUCAAACCUCUGAUCAGCUUCAAAUUUGGCCGUAAGGUCCACUACGUGAACUACCUAAGUGAACUGGAGGAGAUAGUGAAGUGUGAUCAGCUGGUUAUUCCCAGUCGAGUCAGAGAGUACGACAAUAAAAUCCGUAUGAACCUGAAGCCGUCUGUGGUACCUGGCCCGAUUUCUCCCGCUCACAGCCCUCCUCUCCCCUUCCAGCAGUUUGGGGUGCAGCUUUCAACGUUGAGAGACAGAGGUGAGGAUGCUGAUGGAAUUCCACUGGUGAUGCGAGAUACCAUCACUUUCCUGCAGGAAAAGGGUCUGCAGACAGAGGGAAUAUUUCGGCGCUCUGCUAAUGUGAGUCUAGUAAAGGACAUCCAACUGAAAUACAACUUAGGUGAGCAGGUGAAUUUCUUUGAGCUAGACGACGUACACUUAGCCGCGGUGAUCCUGAAGACGUUCCUCAGAGAGCUGCCGGAACCUCUGCUCACGUACAGUCUCUACAACGAUGUCGUCAACUUUCAGAGUGUGGACAGCGCAUCUCAAGCUGCUACAAUCCGAAACAUGCUGACGUCACUUCCUGAGGUGAACUACGUGUCCUUGUGCUUCCUUGUCCGGUUUCUCGCUCAGGUGUCGGCCGAAAGCGAGGUGAACAAGAUGAGCAACACAAACCUGGCCGUGGUGUUCGGCCCCAACCUGCUGUGGGGACAGGACGCCGCCAUGACUCUCAGUUCCAUCGGACCGAUCAACAACUUCACCCGCGUCCUGCUCGACCUGCACCAGGACAUCUUCAGCCAGUGAUCAGCAGUGGUCCUGCUACACACUUGUGCUUUUCUCAUUUGUGUUGCCAAAUUCAUGAGUGUUGUAAAUGAAUGAAAGAAGCAGGUACAGAAUUUGAAACGACUGAUGGUGAGGUUUUUUUUCCAGGAUUUUUUUUAUUUUUUUUUUUAUUUUGGGCAUGACAAAAUCCAGACAAUCAGUAAUUUGUCUUUUCUGCUUAACCUGCUGGGAUCAUGUAGCUGUUAUCACUAGCACAGCACUGGUUUCUGCUCUCAGACCAAAAGAAGUCCCAUACGCAUCCACAGAUGUACAGAAUUCUCCAAAAGUCCGAAUCCACCAGCAAGAAAUUUCUCCACAGAGUCAAUAAGAGUUACCUUCUAAAUAAAUGGUGUCAUAUAUUGUAUAUUUUUUACUUUUAAAUGUCAUCGGUGGACUUUUGGACCCUAAUAUGAAGUAAAGAUCAGAUUAUUAGGGAAACAAAUUCCAGCUCCUUAUGAUUAGAUAUGUAAUAUCCAUCCACAUGGUUUACUUUUUAGGGUUUCUUUUUAAGCUUCAGGGGAUUAUUUAGAUCACUUUGACCUUUUUGUAUAGAUGUUACAGAUAUUAGAGGGUCAUAGACAGUAUAAGCUUAUCUAUCCAAAUCCUUUGGUGUAUCAGCCAUAGUCACAGCUAUGGGACAGUAUAAAGCACUAAUACUCCAACUUGAAACACUUGUUUUGGUUUUAUAACUUUAGAGGUUCUCAGUUAAUCUUAUUUUUAUUACGUUACUUAUUUGUAAAAUCUUUUCUACUAUAGCGUUUUGUUUUUUUUUGUUUUUUUAAAUGUCUGUAAUAAUUACACCGAACUCCUGCUUACUAUGUUUGAUGUACAUUCGCUGUACAGGAUGAGAUUUAGUAUCAUAGAGAGAUCAGCAGAUUUCAGUCUUGAGCUGAACUUGCGUGCUGAUUUGGAUUCAGUGUCUGGGUUUUGUAUCGAGUUGACAACAAUCAUAAGGACAAGCAGAACUGACGGUAGACGAGUCAGGACACGUGGAAGCCGAGGGUCCUGUGCUCAGUCCAUGGGGUUUCCUGGAGGCUCAGAUUAGUUAUUAAAGCUUAGAUGCGUUACUGAUGCGAUGACUCCAGUUACAAAACCGCACGCCUGAACCGACUUCAAAUUUCUCUUACAAAAAAAUUUGAUCUUUUAUGUUUCUUUAGCAACAAAAAAAAAGUAACUGGUUUUACUUCAGUGAUGCUGUUCAGUUUUAACCCUUAACCAGGCUUCUUUUACCCCUAAAAUUGCUUUCUGUCCUUCCUUUGAAACAGAUUUCUGAAAUAAUAUCAUUAGCUGGCUGUGUUUUUUCAGUGUUCUGUAAAAGACCACAAUGCUGGGACUCAAUAUUCUUCUUAAGAUUUCUUCCCACUCUGAACGAAUGACAGAUGAACUCUUCCCUGUUCCCCUGAACAUAGCACCACAUCUGCAUGCUGGACACACGGUGCUUUUUAUUUUAUUCAAGGAAAUGUAUUUCCUCGGAUAAAUAGUGUUGAUUUUCUCUGUAAAAUUUGACAUCCAGUCCAUACGAGUUUUGCUAGUGGAAAAUAUCCGACACGAUAAAGCAGCCAUGUAAACAAGGACGAACUGGGUUGUACUGGAUCUCGGCGCAGUGUCAUAUGCCUCUGUAUUAAAAUGUCAUUGUUUACUGUGCAUGUGCAACAAACCGACCUCCAGUUUGUGUCCCUACAUUUAGGCUAAACAGCAGUUAAAUGGUUUAGUGAAGCUCCCCAAAGCCCACGUGUUUGUGUGCCUUAUUAAAGGUUCCCCAAUAGAUGACCAUAUUCUAGAUUCUAGCUGUUUGAGCCUCCUUCCUCUGCUCGGAUCUGUGACCUUUGUGCCUUUUUUGUUGUAAAUCUCAGCCCAGUGCCAUCCAGAUCACCCGUGCUGUGCAGUUCUGUAUUUCUACGUUUUCUAGAUGGAACGCUGCUUUCUUCCGUGUGAAGGUUUCGGCGUCCGUCUUCACUGUUGUGUAAUUCUUGUCAGAUGUGUACUUUUGUAAAUGUGGUAAAUGAUAUACGAGUAAUAAAAUGUAUACAGUGGUA